AGUUGAUGGCGGAAAUUCAAAAUACUCUCACUCUCCCUCUCUGCAUCUUUCAUUUCCGAUCACCCGAUUUCACAAAGGGGAGCUCAUUUCUCACAGUCUCUUCUUUAUCAUCCUCGCUCGGCCUGCCGGUUCGCAAUUCCGAUAGCUCGGAUCUUCCGAAACUUCUUUCCGACUUCGGUAACCAGCGCAUGCUCAACGGCUCGCCGCCGGCACUCGUCUCUUAUUGACUAGUAGUGAAGGAUUUUGUGGAUCAUGGAUUCAUCUUCGUCGGACCCGGGGAUGAAGCCGGAGGUAGGAGGAGCUGGGAGCAGCAGUGGCGGAGGAGAGAGUUCGGAGGCGGCGGCCGUGGUUACUAACGAUCAGAUGUUGCUGUACAGAGGGUUGAAGAAAGCGAAGAAGGACAGGGGAUGUACUGCGAAAGAACGAAUUAGCAAGAUGCCUCCUUGUACUGCUGGGAAACGCAGCUCCAUUUACCGCGGGGUUACCAGGCAUAGAUGGACAGGUCGCUAUGAAGCUCACCUUUGGGAUAAAAGUACAUGGAACCAGAACCAGAAUAAGAAGGGAAAGCAAGGUUCGAGUUUCAUAGUCUUGCACAUGUUGUUCUACUGGUAUGUGCUCAUAUUUGUCAACAUACAUGCAGCUAAAGUAAUGAAACUGAUUAGAUCUUCUUUUUAUGCAUGGAACUGCAUUUGCGACUCGAUGAGGCCAGUUUACUUGGGGGCAUAUGAUGACGAGGAGGCUGCAGCUAGAGCAUAUGACCUUGCUGCCUUGAAAUAUUGGGGGCCUGGCACACUCAUUAAUUUUCCUGUUUCAGAUUAUACUAGAGAUCUUGAAGAAAUGCAGAAUGUCUCCCGGGAGGAAUACCUGGCCUCUCUUCGGAGGUAUAUUCUACCUUCAAAAGCUCUUCCUGUUUUGCUUCCACGUAAUCGGUGGGACUUGUCAAUUGGACGUAUGGCUGGACCUGGGCACUUCAGUAAUGUGAACUAUGGUGAUGAUCCUGAAAAUGAGUAUAUUGGCAGUUUUUGCAUGGAUAGAAAGAUUGAUCUAACAUCUUACAUCAAAUGGUGGGCUCCCAGUAGAAUACGUCAAGUAGACUCCAUCUCCAGAUCAUCUGAGGACCCCAUGCAUAGCUCUUCAGACGAUGUUGCCCGAGAACUCAGAACCUUGGAGUGGGCAGUACAGCCUACUGAACCAUUCCAGAUGCCCCAGCUAGGGGUUUCUUCUGAACCAAAGAAACGUAAAGUUUCGGCCUUGAGCAUUCUCUCACAGUCUGCUGCUUACAAAAACUUGCAAGACAAAGCAUCCCAAAGGACGGAAAAUAACGACGUGAAUGAAAAUAAGACGAUGAUUAACAAGAUGGAUUAUGGCAAAGCUGCUGUUGAUGACAAGUCGACUAUGAGUCAUGGUAAUAGUAGCAGCGAUAGUAGAGCUGGAGCUGGACUAGGAAUGAGUCCAGCAGCAUUGUCUCUCCACGGGAACAUGUACCCGUUAACUUCAUUCCUGUCUGGUCAGCUUGUAAACAACUACAAUGGUGGCGUUGACCCUUUGGCAGACCCUCUACUUUGGACCUCCCUGGUUCCUGUUCUUCCUCCUGGAAUAUCCAGAAACCCUGAGGUUACGAAGACUGAAGCAAGCUCAACCUAUACGUUGUUCCAGCCAGAGGACUGAUGAUUCUGCCACAUUUUACAGUAAUCUGGCCUAUGAAAAUUUCCAUGAUUAGAACUCAUCUCAGUUUCUAACAGAACCCUUUGUUUCAAUCUUGACAGUAAUGUGUAAUAUAUUAAGUUAAGAACCUUCUCUGUGUUAUUCUCUUUGAAUUAGACAAAAUUUCAGUUGAUGUUUACUGUAAAGUAGUUCUAUGUAAUGGUUGGUUAAGAUAGAAACAUCUUUUUAUACCUCAAUCCAAUUUGUUGGUAAUUUAAAUAUGGGCUUGAAAUUUCUUCCUCGUUUUGUUUGGCGAAACAUGGUAAGCCCAAUGCUAAGGCCCUGUUCUGGCCUGAUAGAGAGUGAAGAUCAAGCUGGAAGCUCGAAGACAAGUGCAGCAGCAGAAGACCAGUAACCUGAAGCUGAGAAGUUUCGAAGACCAGAGAAGAGAAGAAACGUUUCCUGUUUUCUUACUUUAUUAUUGUAAACGCUUUCGUUUUUGUUGUUAUGCUUUGUAGACGUUAAACACUCAGGAUAACAACCUGUCAAGCUGAGACACGUGGCAAUCUCAGUUUAAACAAGUCGUUAAUCACUGUAUAACGGUAUAAAUAACAAACAGCUGGAAACCUCAUGGUUUUGAGGGUUUUCGAUCAAUCGUUGCCGCCUCCUUUACUUUUCUUCAUGG